AUGAAGUUUGUUACUGCUGUUUCCUGGAUCGCCGGUGUCAGUUCUGUGGCCGCGUUUGCUGGGUUGUCCACCUUUACAGGACGACCGAUGCAGCAAGCCACUGGGUACCGUGCUUCAUGGCUGAUGUACGAGAAUUCUCCCGAUGGCGCAGCCAAGGGAGGAGGUGGAGAUCAAGCCAAUGUCUGGUCCGUUUUGGCGCACACCGAACGCUGGAUUUGUGAGACACUUGCCAGCACCGAAACCGACAAUGGCAAUCCCUACUCUCGAAAGGAAGUUAAUUAUGUCUGUGAGACCAACGCCGAUUCACCCAUGAUUGCAGCCAACAUGUUCAAGCGACUGAGAGAAGCAAGAGAGUUGGGACAGCGACACGGAAAAACGGAGGCAGAUCACAAGGUUGAUCAAGGCUCCAAUUACCGUCCACACACACUGCGUCAAACACAGGUCAUGGUGAUUCCUGGAAAUGAAAACCUGUCGGGGAGUUUCCAAGUCUUUGAUGAUUUCAUCAAUGCCGUCAAUACUGCCAGACGCAAUGCUCGUGAUUAUGUCACCGAUACGAGCAUUGAACGCCUUGAUCAAGAAAUGGCAGGAGAAGAGGCUCGUGAGUGGAGUGUCAGUGUCAAUUGUGCCCACUUGCAUCCUGAUUUUGGAAAGAAAUCACCAGAAGAAGAGUUGCAACAAAUGAAGGAAGAAGAGGAAUCGGGAGAGGUAGAUCUACAUGCACAGGAAUACGCCGAGAAGCGCCUCUUGGCACGUCAGUCGCCAUAUCCCACCGUUGUCGUGGAAGUUCGAGCCACCCCCCCUCCCGAUUGGGGUCAUGCCAUUCCUCCUCCACCGCCACAGGCUGCGGACGUUACAGACGACGAAGACGAUGAGGAAGGAGAAGGCAUGUCGGAGCAGUACAAGUACAAUCGCAAGAAACUUUUGCAAAAGGAAGUCACAGCCUCGGAUAUUCAAAAACUAGAAGCUCUCUUUGGCAAAGCCGCUGCUAAGGACCACCCCCUUCAAACUGGAGGAGACGAAAAGAAAGAGAGUUCGGAACCAAAGGGAGAAGAACACGACUUUUACGCUUCGAUUGGAAAGACCAUUGAAGAGAUUUCGCCCGUCAGUCACAUGCGCAUGGCACAACAGUGGAUCACGGAGAAUGACGAAAAGUUCUCGCCAGUUACAUCACCGUUUACCGAGAGUGAAUCUGCCGAGGUUGACCAUGCUUACGAGUUUGUGUUCACCAACUUGGCCAUGCAAAAGCAUCAAGCGUCGGUGGACAACAUUCAUGGAUCUCGACGCCAGUACCUUGUUAUGCCUCACUUCUUAUCCAGCAGUGCCACAAGCUUGGAAAAGUUCACCAAAGAAGUCAUGAACAUUGUCAAGACUCUGCCCGAUCUUGAUGGAAGGGUCAAAUUGUCAACGUUCCACCCUGAACAUGUCCAGCAGGAAAGGCGCUCUCCUCUUCCCAUUAUUUGUUUGCAAUGGACCGAGGGCAACAUGAAGCCAUAA